AUCUUUAUCUCUCUCUGUCCCUUACCCUCUCCUGAGUCUAUCAGACCGUUGCAAGAUCAAAUUUUUAAUUACAAAAGGUGAAGAGAGAACCCCAAUAAGAAACUACAAAAGCUAUUCAGUCAAUCGAUGCUCUGCCGAACCUCAAGUUCAUCAGCAAUGGCAGAGACCAACGGCUCUUUGCCGCAAACCCAUCAACCGAAUCCCGUGCUUCAGUCUCUCUUCCACGCCCUCGACCCCAUAUCUCUCAUCCGCUCUCAGAAUUCAAACUCCAAUCAACCCGUUCCGCUCAGACUCAUUACGGAGAGCUUUAUCAUGGAGAGAGGCCCCAGAUACCGUGCUUACGCUGAGCUGCGAGAAGCAAAGCUAAGAAUGAAGGAAAUAAAGCAACAUGAACCGGAACCGUACGAGCCAAAGCUAACCCCUCCAAAGAAACAGGUAAAGUUUCAAGGGAGUUCUGUCUCUAGGCCCCAAAGGUCCUCCCUUCUUGCGCAGUCGGUGCCCGAUUUCGCAGCAGCAUUGCGAAAAGAGAACCGGAAGCCGGUGAUGACCCUUCCAUCAGUGCAAGAGAUGACACCGCCAUCAAAGAACUGGUCCAAAGCUAAUGGGGUUCUGUCCAAUUCAAGAGGGAGCAAGUCGGCAAGUGCAGGGGAGAAGAGGGGUGGUGGUGCUGGGGGAUUGAUGGCAAGGAAGAGCUAUGCUAGUGUUGAGGAAUUGAAAGGGCUGUCCUCGACCGCGGCGAAUGCAAUUAAUGGAGAAAACCGGGGUGGAAGGAGCAGAAGAGGGAUGGGGAAGACUGUUCUGGGGUACAGACAGUUUUGAACGUCCCGGUCGUGGCGGACCUGGCGGUAUUUUUUCAUAUAGGAUUUACAAUUCAUUCGUUCUUCUUUUCUUAUUUGGAAUUGGGUUUGUUUCACGAGUUUUUUAGAGUAAUCUUUCACGGCGUUCUCCAGAUGUUGAAGAUGAAGUUGUUUCUUUUAGCUAUGGAUGUGAAUGUCAGAUAUGAUUGUAACAUACUGAUGGAGAUCCCGUGGAUCUCUCUCUCUUCUUCCGUAAUGGGAUUUUAAAGACUUGAGGA